AUGGAGGAAAAGGAGAAGAAAGAUCCAUCCAUAUGGCCCAGUAACUGUACACAUAUUAGUAGAUGGCUACUGCGAUCGGUAUCGCAUCUAAAGGAGUUGCAAGAACACACGUUUUAUGCAGCAUUAGAACGUAUAAAAGCCAGUACCAAAGUUGAUGAGAAAGAGCUACCUACGCUGGAUGAAGAGCUGUGGCUUAUCCGUUUCUAUGCAUUGCAACUGUCUCGUUUCGUCGCUGCACAGCAUCUUAAGGAUGCAGUCAAGGAAACGUCAUUAACAUUCUUCAACCGUUUUUACAUACGCCGUUCAAUGCUAGAACACGACCCGAGGCUAGUGAUGUUCACCUGCAUCACACUCGCCAUAAAAUCGGAAGAUAUGUGGAGAAACUACUACGUGGACAAACUGCUAGGACCUGUAGAAGGACUGAAUAUCUCACGUGUGUUUGAGCUGGAAGCCACGGUAUGCGAUGCUCUCGGUUUCAACUUCCUAGUAUUGCAUACUUCAGAUUCCAUGCAUGUGCUACGUUCACGAUGCAUUGAGUACAUCAAGGAGAGCCUAGGAAUAGAUGAUGAGAUUCUAGGCGAACACCUAGGAGUUGUACUCUCGAUGUGUACCGAUGCAGAAAAGGAUUCAGUUCUCAUGCACGAAAACCCAGAACUCAUAUUCCUAUACACCCCUACACAACUAACGGCGGCGAACUUUGUACGGCACUGCAAGAAAAGGCUGGGUACCCUGAUAUCUGUGGAUAAGUUCCUAGUAAAGAAACUUCUGCACGACCAGGAGUCCCAACUCUCUGUUUUGACUAAAGCAAUUGAGAAAAUCAACAAUAUAAUGGCAAAACACAUGGAAUUGAGAUCGUCCAUGGAAGCACAACAGGAGAAGGCUGGUGAGUGUCCGGCGUGUUUGACAUAUGUGAACGUUAAAAUGGCCGAGUCGACGGACGGAGGCACCGCGGCUGGCUAUACGCUGCAGCCGUUGCUACAACAUCGCAGUUCGGCAUUGGAUUGGAAACAACUACAGUGUUUUAUCACAUGGCUAAUGUGCCAACCUUCACGUACAAAAUGCCCUCUUACCCUGAGACAUAAAAGAAACAAAGCACAUAACAAUGUCAUUAUCGCCGUUCCAUACCUAGAUGCCGACUAUUUGAUGGACGAUCUAGAUGCACUAAAAGCGGUAAUCAUGUCAAGUGAAGGCAGUACUCUCUGUAGACUUAAAACGCCAAAAACUCACGAUGAUAAUAGCCAAUGUGCCAUCAUAAAGAAACUGAUUUUCAUGGAUGUUAAGCAAUCGGCAUCGCAUGCGAUGCCAUGCUCCAUUGCCCAGUUCACUCUGAACAAUGUGGACCUCAGUAAAUUGGAAAACUGGCAUUUCGCAUUCACAGAAGAGUAUCGAAACGUAUCGGAUACACCGAGUGCCGUGUCUAACGUCGUGGGACCUGAUAUAUCUGAGGAUAAGCUUUUUGAGGUGUUGAUGGCAAAUUGUUCAGCACCAAGGCGGCUGUGCAAAACCACAGAACAACUCUGGGCCGAUCUCGACAGAUAUUUCGCUACACAAUUCACCGAAGUACCUGAAUCCAAGAGCUCGGACACUACCGCCGAGGAGUCGGUAUCUGACGGUGAUUUGAAAACAGAUGCAUUCGUUUUGGGGGAGGCACUUCUGCGGAGAUAUGCUUCCGUGGCACAUACACUCAGCCGUGAUCCUAUAUUCACUAAAACGUUUGCAAUAGAUUGCGAAAUGGUUACUGCAGGAACAAGAACAGCACUCGCACGUAUCACCAUUGUCGACACCCUAUUCAGGGUGGUUUGUGACGUGAUGGUACGCCCAGAAGAACCUGUCACAGAUUACCGUACUCCAUACUCUGGAAUCACGGAAGAAUCGUUAGAAGGGGUGACGGUUACGCUCGCGGAUAUCCAGGAGUGUCUCAAUCGUUUACUAGAUAAAGAUACGCUAUUAGUAGGACACUCCCUGGAAAACGAUUUGAAGGCGUGCGAAAUUAAACAUUUAUAUGUUCUCGAUACGGCAGUACAGUACACUCCACCUAAACGCUUCAACAAACCCUCUUUGAAAUCACUGGCCAAGAUGCAUCUGCAAUUGGAAUUGAUACGUGAGAAUGGUCACGAUUCAUACACAGAUGCGGUUACCACGAUGUACCUUGCUAUGGAAGGUGUCACUAAGCUGGAACCGCCAAUCACAUACGUCGUUGAUAUCCUGGGGCCACACGCGUAUUCUCUAAUGGUUCAAUCGGAUGAUCCUUAUCCCGCACCGAAGAUCCACAUAUUCGACCCUAUGGGGAAGGAAUAUGAAUCGCUGAUGGAUGUGACGGUAUCAGUGGAGCCGACGUCGGACGAUGCAUCUUCAGUUGAGCGUCUUGGUGAUGUACUGCGUGAAAACAAAAAUACAGAAUCAACAUGUUUCCACAUUGUUGUUUUGCGGGAUUUCCAGAAGCUGUGCUCAAGAAAAUUGUUUGAAUCUCAAAAAACUGACGAACUCAAGUCGUUGAUAAAACGUGUCAAUCCUAAGGCCGUAUGUGCAUACUUAUCACGCCUUGCAGGAAAUCUAGAAAAAAUAAUUUCAUACCUGGAUCAUGACGAUGUUGUGGUCAUGUCUAAUCUAAGUGGCGACGCGACCAAGGUGGAUAUCCUAUCUCUCGCGAUACAUUCCAAUACACUCAAUCGUAGCAGGAAGCUGUUACGGUUAUUGUUGAGGUUGUUCGCCUUUGGAAAUGAUCAAGAAGGUCUAGAUGACAUCGACGUAGAUCAACGUGACCAGAUACCUACAGAAGUUUCCGACUUCUACCGUAGGUCACAGGGUAUCAUGUUGGCUGAGCUACGCCGUGAACACGAAGUUGCAGUCAGAGACCGUAGCAAUAGUUGGGUGGUAUUUCUGUCCAAGCAAAUAUCGAACAAACGAGGUAACACAACUCAGGCGUUGCCUGUAGCCAAACGUUGA